AUGGGACAAUCAAAACAAAACAGAUAUACCAGAUUUUGUCCUAUUCUGACAACAAAAGCAUCGUUCCAGAGACAGAAUGCAAUAGAACAAAAGAUGAAGCCAGCAUUUGAUUGGUUAGCUGAUCCAGCAGCUUUGGUUGGUAGCUCAGGUGACAAAGCUCUGAGUCAGAUUUUAGAAGAUGCUCGUAAAGUUGCAAGGAGAUGUACAGACCCAGCGGAUAGGGACAGAAUUCUUAAAACUGUAGGAGACAUUGAUUCCAUGAAAAAUGCCUUGUCAGAACUGAGAGUUCAAGGAAAGGGAAGUAGUCCUCAAGCCAUGUCCCUUGCCAGAGAAAUACAGAACAAAUUGAAGGAUCUUCAGAAUCUAACACAAGCAGGAACCAUGAAAACAGAAAGGUCUGGUAUUCGUAAACCGGCACCAACAGUAGAAGGCAAGGUAGAACAGGCAAGGCAAUGGUUGGCAAAUCCUGCCUUGGAUGAUCGAGGUCUAGGUGAACAAGCAACUAAACUAGUUGUAGCUGAAGGUCGCAAGGUUGCUGACUCCUGUACUGGGACCCAGAGAUCUGAGUUAUUGAGACUUUGUGAUGAGACAGAGAUACUGACUAAUCAGCUAUCAGAUCUUAUCAGAAGAGGACAGGGUGACUCUCCUCAAGCUAAAGCCAUAGCUAGACAACUUACUGAGAAACUUCACAACCUACAGGCUAAAAUACAGGAGGCACUUGUUAAUCAGGUUGCAGAAGACUUUAUAGAUAUAACAGGACCACUCAAACAACUUCAUGAUGCUUCUCUGACACCACUAGGUGUUCCAGGAAGGGAGGAGAAAUUUGAUGAUAGAGCCAGGAACUUUGAAUCUCAUGCCUCUAAACUGGCUGACACUGCCAACAUGGUUGCCACAGCGGGUGGCUGUAAUAACAAGCAUACAGUUCAGGAAAUCUUCAAAACUUCUAAUCAGGUAAAUGAUCUGACACCACAAGUAAUUACUGCAGCCAGAGUACUAUUUGCUAAUCCUAACAAUCAGGCUGCUAUAGAACAUUUUGAUCAGAUGAAGAAUCGCUGGGCUGGUAAUGUUGAGAGACUCAGAGCACUUGUUGAUGAAGCUGUGGAUACUCCUGCCCUCAUUAAGGCUGAAGAGGAAGGUAUUUUAAGAGACACUGAUCGGGUUGAAGAAGGUAUCCGAGGAAAAGAUCCACCAAAGAUUGUGGCAAAUGCUUCAAACAUUGCCCGACGAGCCUACAGAGUAUUACAAGUAGGAGAAAAGGAAGUAGAAAAUAGUGAAGAUCCUGCCUACAUUGACAGGGUUAGAGACUCUGCAAAUACACUGAGAGAUACCAUAACACCAAUGGUACAACAUGCAAAGAACUUGUCCAUGAACCCUGGUGAUAGUAAUGCAGCCACAAACUGGAGGAAAGCUAAUCAAGCUUUGAUAAAUGGUGUUGCUGGUGUUAGGGAUGCAGUGACUGUGAGUAGGGGAGAAGAUAUGUUCCCUCCCCCACCCCCUCCAGAUAUGUCUCAACUCAAUAUCAAUGACUUGCAAGAAUUUGGUGACAUAUGGAACGGCCAGAAACCAGUACAAGCUUCAGCAGUGCCUAGCACAGCAUAUAGUCCAAAACCCCCACCAGUAGCCCCUAAAUCACCGAGGGUGAUAGCUAGAGUUCCAGAUCAGUUUGCCGAUAGCCAUUACACCAUGGUUCCUCCAGAAGCUACAAUGAGGCAAGAGAAGGGAUAUCAGGGGCAACAUGCUGCCCCUCCUGUCCCCCCACCACCAGUUCCCCCACCCCCAAGGGAUCCAUAUUAUGGCUAUUAUGAUGAUGGGGAUAUACCACCUCGUCCACCACUGCCUCAUGAGACUGCCCCUGCCAGACCCCCACCUCCUGAUACAGAUGAUGAAGAAGAUUUCCCUGUCCCACAGGCUAAUCAACCCAUCAUGAUGGCAGCACGUGCCCUCCAUAUGGAGACAAAGCAGUGGUCAAGUAAAGAUAAUGAGAUAAUAGCUGCAGCCAAAAGAAUGGCUCUCCUUAUGGCCAAACUUAGUCAGUUGGUCAGAGGUGAAGGUGGUUCUAAGAAGGAUCUGAUAGCCACAGCUAAGAAUAUAGCUGAGUCAUCAACAGAGGUGGCCAAACUGGCACAGAAGUUAGCCGCUGAGUGUACUGAUAAAAGGAUGAGACUGAACUUAUUGCAAGUUUGUGAGAGAAUUCCUACAAUUGGUACCCAGCUAAAGAUUUUAUCAACAGUGAAGGCAACCAUGUUGGGAGCACAAGAACCUGUACCAGCCCCAGACGGUGGUGAAAUAUCUUGCGGUUCUGAAGAGGAUCAAGAAGCCACUGAAAUGUUGGUUGGUAAUGCCCAAAAUCUGAUGCAAGCUGUGAAGGAAACAGUUCGUGCUGCUGAAGCUGCCUCCAUCAAGAUCCGUGUAGACUCUGGGUACCAGAUUCGUUGGCAUCGUAGAAGACCAUGGUACACCACCACUUCUUAAGAAAACCAAUGCUAGGAUUUUUAAAUUGAUAGACAAUACAAAUGAAGAUCAGAUAUAUUUACAAUCAUUUUUAACGUAUUCUUAGAAGAACUAUUAAAGAUACUGUUUUAGAUAUGUUAACAGAAAAAAGUGGAAUAUACAAUGAAAAUGUGUUUUUUU